UUCACUUCUCUCAUCCCUACUCUACCCAAUCCCAAUCCAUUUCUCUUCAUCUCUCUCAACAAUGGCUUCUCCAACGACUCUAAUCUCUCCCCCGGCAACAAAAACCCUAACCCCAAUCAAAAUUUCCAAACCCAUUCUUCCAAUCGCCUCCACACAAAACCACAAUCCCAUUUCCACCCCACAAAAACCCUUCAACCGCCGUGAUUUCCUUUCCUUUACCCUCAUAGCAGCUGCCGGAGUUAUCUCUCUUCCCGCCGCCCCUGCCCGAGCUGCCUCAGACGAAGAUUACGUGAAGGAAACUAAGGAAGUGAUCGAGAAGGUUCGAUCAACCAUCAGUAUGGAGAAGACUGACCCUAAUGUGGCCUCUGCCGUCUUAGGAUUAAGGGAGGCUUCUAAUUUUUGGGUGGCGAAAUACAGAAAAGAGAAGUCUUUGCUUGGGAAACCGUCUUUUAGAGAUAUGUAUUCUGCCCUUAAUGCCAUUUCUGGACAUUACAUAAGUUUUGGACCCACUGCACCAAUUCCUGCGAAGAGGAAAGUUAGGAUAUUGGAAGAGAUGGAUACUGCUGAGAAAUCUCUGCUCAGGGGAAGAUAAAGAAAGAAAUAAAGAAUUUGUUUUUCAAUUAGCCACUCCAAAAAAUAUUACAUUAUUUUCAUUCCUAUUUCUGCAAAUUGGACUCUUUAGUAGUAAUUUUGUAAUAUUGUAACUUACCAUAUUCGGGAAUUUCAUAUUCCUUGGUGUAUGAGUCUAUUUUACUUUUAUGAGAUAUAAAGUUCAUAUCAUUUUGAACUCUUUCCU